CCCGAGCUUAUGGAGAUUAUUUUUCAGAACUAUAAGUAGCAUCUAUUUACCUCUUGCUUUUAGUCUUGGACAUUGGAAAAAGUUGUUAAUAUGUUAAAUCUGAAGCUUUUGGCGGCAAUACUAAUUGGCUUUAUAACUACCCAAACAAAGUCGUUGCAAACAACAAGUGAGAAAAAAUGCGCGGAAUUUCAUCCAGUUGGGAACACAGGAAACCUUGUAUUUAUUGAACCCACUGCAAGGGGUUAUGAGUCCGCGAAGCUCAAUGAAUUUCCGUACAUGGUGGCUAUUGGUUGGAAAAGCAAAAAUGAGACUACAUUCCAUCAAUGCGGAGGUGUCGUUAUUGAUCCUAGAUAUGUAAUUGGUCCAGCAUUUUGUGUCCAGCACUUGCCUGCAAGCAAACGGCCAUCUAUAAUUUUGCUGGGUAGCCUCAAUUUAGAGUCGCCGCAAACAGUCGAAAACACAGUUGGAAUUAAAACUAUGGUGAUACAUCCCAAUCGUACCGAACGUGGAGUUAAUGAUGACAUUGUUAUUUAUGAACUUGAGGAAAGUGUUUCUAUUCGGCCCACGUGCUUAUGGACUAAGGCAGAUAUAACUGCCUCAGAGGGUACAUCUCUAAUGUAUGACACAGAAACUGGUAAAUCUGGAAAGUUGAUAAAAAUUCAAAGGAAAAUUUAUUCUGACUAUGAAUGUUUCAAAUCAUAUGAGAAAUAUCCGCGGGUUAACCAAGGAAUAGGAACAACACAGUUCUGUGCAGCAGAACUUAAUCCUGAUGAUUGUCAUACUGAAACAUUUGAGGGCCCUCUCCUCAUCCAAGAGCGGAAGUCAGAAAAGAAUGUGGUUCCUUACUUGAUUGGCUUAUCAUCAUUUGGUGGGAUUUGUGGACGUUUUUCAGCUCCAACUGUUUACACAAAAAUUUCUGGUUAUAUAAACUGGAUAGAAUCUGUUGUUUGGUCAAAUGUCAAGAAUUGAUUGAAUUUGAAAGAAAUCGUUUAAUUUGAUUUUGCUGAGA